AUGUCCGACUCGGAAGCAACCCCGGAGCCAGAGUUCGAGGCUGACUCUCUCACCAACUUUGGCACCAAACUCAUUUCUGAUCCCACCACUGACUUUGCGGAGCAAUCGCAACUGACAUACCUUAUACCUUCAGAGACUAGUCUGGAUUUGGAGUCGGCUUUCAGAGAUCUUGAGCCGGGCAAGUCAAUACUCGACUCACUAGAGCGUCGGGACUCUUUGUUCUUUGAUGAAACGGUUGAUGUACUUCUUCUCUUGAGAACACCAUGGAAGGAUGAAGCAUCACUCCGGUCUCACCUCAGCCGGCUAGUGAUAUCAGUUGAGGCUCAGGUGGUCAAUAGCAAGACCCAUGGUCGGGAUAAUUCUGUAUCGGAGACCAUCUUCUCAGGCACAGUUCCCGACAUCAACGACCCCUUCAUCAUCGUUGAUGAAGAUGAGGAGGAAGACGACGACGACGAUGAAGAUGAGGAUGACGACGAUGAAGAGAGCGAUGACGAGACCAAGCCGACUGUUAAACAUGUCUACGCUGCGUGGAAACUACCCGUCUUUCUAGGCCGGCCUCGUGCACGUGUCUCUACGCCAUCCAUCAUUUUCACCGCCUCCGCAAGCCUCAAACCCGAUGUCUCAGCCGAUCUCGUCGGGCGAGGGAGCGGCUAUCUCCAGAGCGGAGUUCCCUCGGGCUUCAACCUCCUCGAGUCCUUUGGAAACGACGUCGCCCUCGGCGGUGCCAAGCCUCGCCUCUCUGCCCUCCGGGUGUCCAGGGUUGCGCCCGUUACGGGCUCUCAGGACCUCACCAAGCAUAUCCGCGCGCUACCUCAGGUUGAGCACAAGAUCUUUCCCGUUGUGCAUACCCGCAUUCGCUUUUCGCGGCCAACCACGGCACCAACCAGCGCUGCUUUGAUUGCUCUGCUCGAGGUUGACUUUACAGCUCAUUUCGAGUGUGAGAUCUCAUUAGACAAGAUCGACUUGUCUAUCCAUGAUGCCACUGUCGAGAGUCUCAAUGAGGACGCGGGCAUGGAACUACCGCUCAGCUGUGUGUCUCACGACCAUAUCACAUUCUUCUAUCGUAUUGCUCCCCGAGAGUACGACGUUUCACCAAAGAAUCCCAUGCGAGACCUAGAUAUCUCCAUCUCAGCCACCGCCCAAGUUAUCCCUGGCCGCUGCACUCCUCGCCUGACCAUGACAUGGACAACGCAUAUUGACUUUACUCUCCCUGUCAAUCCUGGCUACGGCACGUCCACGACUGGGACGGGCAUCGUCCGCUCCCAUCGCCCCUCGCAGCUCUCCAUCACCGGCCAAGCUGUGCAACACCUCAAGUCUCCAUCCAUCAUUCGCCCGGAUGCCUUGCCUGCUCUAGAGGCUGCUACGGCCAACACAGAUAUCCCAGUUCCAGAGCUCGGCAUCACCAUGACCUUCACUGGUCCGUCCGAACCCGUACAUCCCGGCGAAGUCUUCUCCUGGACCGUCUACGUUGUCAACCGUGUCACGGAGAAGAACCCGCUACCCCCACGCAAGCUCGCCCUGGUCGCAGUUCCCAAGCGUCGAAGAACUGAGCUACGUAUGACACGUCCUCCUUCGGUUGGGGGCCGACGACGUGGCGAGAAGGACAUUGCGGAUGCCGUCACUGAUGAGAAUGUGUUACAUGCACUGCAAAAGAAUGCCCUUGUCGAGUCCACCGAUGUCGUAUGCCUCAGCGCCGAUACUCGAGUCGGACCGCUUGCACCAGGCGCUUGUCACGUUGUCGAGCUUCAGUUCCUUGCUCUGCAGGAGGGCGUUGUGGGCUUGGAAGCAAUUCGUGUGGUAGAUUUGGGAUCAAAUGAGCACGUCGAUAUUAGAGACCUGCCUACCAUGCUUGUAGAACCAGCUGCAGCAUGA